AUGUUGGUGUUUGCGCUCAGUUGUGCCGCUCUGCUUUGCGUCACCGCAGCGUGGCCUGCGCUCGGAGACCAGGGGAAUCAUUUCACCUCAGAGGGCGAGUCAGAGGUGGUCCGCUCAGCUGCCAUUAAAAGACUUCUGGAAGUUUUCGGGAUGGAGGACCCCCCUGCUGUCCAUGGACACAAGCAGCCUCCUCAGUACAUGCUCGAUCUGUACAACACGGUGGCUGAUGUGGACGGCGUGACCAAGGACCCCUAUCUGCUGGAGGGGAAUACUGUGCGCAGCUUCUUUGACAAAUUGCGCAGUGAACAGGUGGAGUUCAAGUUUAAUUUGUCAACAGUGCCAAGAACCGAGAAGGUCCUCAUGGCAGAACUCCACCUCUUCAAGCUGCGCCCACAGGCAUCCCUCACAUUCAGCAGACAUCACUUCUGCCAAGUCAGUGUUUAUCAGCUGUUGGAUAGUGGUAAAACCAACAGCACUCAGGCAAAGAAGUUGCUGUCCUCUCGACUCAUUCCAGUCCACUCAACUGGUUGGGAAGUGUUCGCAGUCACACAAGCUGUGCGCUCCUGGAUGGCAGAUGAAGGCAGUAACCUAGGGCUCUACGUGGUGGUUAGGACGCUGGGAGAAAGCCAGACGGACCUGAAACUGAUCCGUUUUGCUUCAGGGCGCCACCACCACCUGAGCAAACAUCCCAUGCUGGUUCUAUUCACCGAUGACGGCCGCCGCUCUGCUGCACUCGAGAGCACAAAUGCCCAUGAGGCCAUCGCCAACUCCUUUCUCCCCCAGACCCCUACGUCAGUCAAAUCUUCCCGCACAGCUCGCUCCCUGGACUAUGGCGAGGAGGAAGGCUGGUCCAAGUCCUGCCAGCGCCUGCCUCUGUAUGUGGACUUCGAGGAGAUUGGCUGGUCGGGGUGGAUCGUGUCUCCCAGGGGCUACAACGCUUAUCACUGCAAGGGGUCCUGCUCCUUCCCCUUGGGUCAGAACAUGAGGCCGACUAACCAUGCCACCGUCCAGUCCAUCAUCAACGCCCUGAAGCUGAUCCGAGGCAUCGAGACGCCGUGCUGCGUGCCUGACAAGCUGUUUUCCAUCAACCUGCUGUACUUUGAUGAUGAUGAGAAUGUUGUUUUGAAGCAGUAUAAUGACAUGGUGGCUGGAAGCUGUGGCUGUCACUGAUUUUGUAAAGUCUAUUGUGUUUGGGUACAUAGCUUCUCAGACGCAGAUUUAAUUUUCACUCUUACCGUUCCUGUUGCCCUUUCACUAUUAACUCAUGAGUAAAUGUGCUGAUUCUACCAAUGACACUGUAAUAUAUGUAAAUAUCUACAUAAAUUAUAAUAUAUGACUGUGAUGCAAGA